AUGUUCGGCCCCGGAGUGGAAGUGAAGUCGACGCCUCCGAUUCUCACAGCGCGACUAACGUUAGCUGACUCCACCUCAGUACUUUAUUUCCUGUCACCAAACUGUCCUCCGACCGUCAGCAUCGGCUCCAACGCGACACACUCAGCUCCUAAUAUAACGACGUACGCUGUCACCUUUCCACUGGUUUAUAUUUGCAGUGAUCUGGUUUCUGAAUCACAGCAGAAACAAACCAAAACCAGGUCCCUCCAGGUUCAGGUCUGCAGGUUCAGGUCCCUCCAGGUUCAGGUCUUCAGGUUCAGGUCCCUCCAGGUUCAGGUCUGCAGGUUCAGGUCCCUCCAGGUUCAGGUCUUCAGGUUCAGGUCCCUCCAGGUUCAGGUCCCUCCAGGUUCAGGUCCCUCCAGGUUCAGGUCUGCAGGUUCAGGUCUGCAGGUUCAGGUCCCUCCAGGUUCAGGUCUGCAGGUUCAGGUCCCUCCAGGUUCAGGUCUGCAGGUUCAGGUCCCUCCAGGUUCAGGUCUGCAGGUUCAGGUCCCUCCAGGUUCAGGUCUGCAGGUUCAGGUCCCUCCAGGUUCAGGUCUGCAGGUUCAGGUCCCUCCAGGUUCAGGUCCCUCCAGGUUCAGGUCUGCAGGUUCAGGUCUUCAGGUUCAGGUCCCUCCAGGUUUAGGUCUGCAGGUUCAGGUCUGCAGGUUCAGGUCUUCAGGUUCAGGUCCCUCCAGGUUCAGGUCUGCAGGUUCCUGUGGUGGAAAUGAGCUGUUUACUCUGCUGACUCAGUCUCAGUGUUUUCCACUGAUCUGGGUUCAGCCUGUGGUUGCUCUUCCUCAGAGUUCAAGAGGGUGUUAA